CACACACACAUAAGAUACAUACAUACACACCAGCCAGCAGGUGCUAGUCGAGCUACUAGCUGAAAUUUUCCACUGCCGAGUAGUGAGUUUGAGUGAGCGCAGAGUUACCGCAGCACCAACAUUAUACUAACCACCAGCAGCAGCUCACCGGACAGGCCCGAGGAAAUAAACUCAAAUCAAGCAGCUCGACUGAUCCCGAAUCAGUCCUUGACGCGGGGAUGGACUUUCUGGCUGGAUGCAUAGGAGGUGCUGCUGGGGUGCUGGUGGGCCAUCCAUUUGACACUGUUAAGGUCCGUCUUCAGGUUCAGAGUGUGGAUAAACCUCUUUACCGUGGUACUUUUCACUGUUUCCAGUCCAUCAUACGGCAAGAGUCGGUGCUGGGUCUUUAUAAAGGCAUCGGUUCCCCCAUGAUGGGCCUGACGUUCAUCAAUGCCAUCGUGUUCGGCGUGCAGGGAAAUGCCAUGCGCAGACUGGGCGAAGACACUCCGUUAAACCAGUUUCUGGCAGGCGCAGCAGCCGGGUCGAUCCAGUGCGUGAUCUGCUGCCCGAUGGAGCUGGCCAAAACACGCAUGCAGAUGCAAGGCACGGGCGAGAAGAAAUCAUCCUCACGGAAAGUCUACAAGACUUCUCUGGACUGCCUGGCGCGCAUUUAUCAGCGCGAGGGUUUGCGUGGCGUCAACAGAGGCAUGGUGACCACGCUAAUCCGAGAAACGCCAGGAUUUGGGGUUUAUUUUCUGGCAUAUGAUCUGCUGACGCGCUCGCUAGGCUGCGAGCCGGAUGAUCCCUACAUGAUCCCCAAACUGCUGUUUGCUGGCGGUAUGUCAGGAAUCGCGUCCUGGUUAUCCACGUACCCGGUGGACGUGAUAAAAUCACGGCUGCAGGCGGACGGAGUCGGAGGAAAGUACCAGUACAGCAGCAUAAUGGACUGCACACGCAAGAGCAUCCAGCGCGAGGGCUUUCGAGUGUUCACUAGAGGACUCACGUCUACUCUACUGCGUGCGUUCCCGGUUAACGCCGCCACUUUUGCAACCGUCACCUUAUUUUUGUUGUACGUUCGUCCGGAUGAAGGGUCUAAGGAUUGCGAAGCUGCUCAUCACGCAACGCUGCAGCAACAAGCGCAACCGUCUAGUCUGUGAGUAAAUAUAUAGCUGUGUUUCCAUUAUACAUUAUAUCACUAACUAUAUUUAUGUGCAAACUUGGAAUAUCGCAGUCAUUCGCAGUUUAUGGGUCAAAGAGAAUUAAAUCAGAAUAUAAUGGUCAGAGAAAUAGUGGUGAAGGGGAAGCCUCUGUGGGGUUUUUCUCCUCUAAUAAAUGAGUUGCACCUCAGAAGACGAAACGCAAUGAACGCGGUGGCUUUUGGAGGCGUGAGACGGGAGCGCAGACACAUACUCAACACAGUUCUGGAGGGAAUAAUAAUAGAAGAAUCAUAAUACUGAAGCACUGUGAUGACAGACUGAUGGGUUUUACAAUCAGCACAACAACAUUACAGAUCUUUUACAUCAUGUCCUAACUACACGCUACGGCUCAUGAUAAAAGCUUAUUUUCGACGCUUACAAAACAAGAUUUCAUCCUAAACAUCCGGGAAAGCGAUGCAUGAAAUUUCUAAUCUGUUUCUGCACCGUCACACUAGAACAACAGCAUAAACUACUAUAACAAUCAUCACCUCCGCUGCUGAUUAUGUGCUUUAUUCUGUGUUAAAUGCUGCUAAUAUGGGUCCGACUUCAGGGGUGUACUCACGCUAGGCUAUCCAAACUGUGCCCUGACACGUUUGACCCCCAUUUCUCGGUUCCUUUGACAAGUGUGAGUGCUCUGAAUAGAGUUCAGGUGCGGUUUAGUUGGCCGGCCCUGGCCCGGUUGGAAGAGGUGUGCCAGAGCGCAGUUUGGUUGGGCUUUGGUGCGAUACUUGUAGUGUGAGUGCAAAGUGCGCCUGAGCCCAAAACUGAAGACACGAUGUCACUUUUAAGGGGCUGUUUCAUAUGGAUUUAUUAAUCAUUCUUACUGUUCAAUGAACACGAACUGUCAUUGUUUAUUAAAAACAAACCUCUGCACCUUCAGCAAACCUCCUAAUACCUGCAGCACGAGGACUUUAUGAACAUUUAUGAGCGUCAAAAGUGGCUGAUCUGUUCUGCAGAAGAUCUGACUGUCACUGCAUCCCAAACCACUCAAAAUAAACGAUAUAACUAAAGCAAUGUCCACUGUGUGGAGCGAGAGCGCUUCUCUUCUGUUAAACUGAACAGUCGCUUCAUCGAUGAUGUAAGUGUGCUCCGGCUAGGAAGGCAAACAAUGUUAUGUGAGUGCAGGCCGAGGGGAGUCGGGAGACGAUCGCAAGAUAACCAUGCCUUGUGUGAGUACACCCUAUUUUAAGCGUUCUUAGCUACUACGUACAUUUCAAAAUAUUAAUAAAAUGUACUUACUGUGUUGAUAAUGUAUUGCAGAACACUUCUGGUGCUCUCGAGGUGGGAUAUUAGUCAGGUUAGGGACAGGUUUGCUGCUAUGUGUAAGUUUAAGGGUUAAGGAUGAAAGGCAGGGCUAUUCAAUUGGUGGCCUGUGAGGCAAUUUGUUCAGGUCCUCCAAAUAUUGUGACCAAGACAUCAAAAAUAAAUGUAGUCCAGUCAAAAAACGGCUGCUAUAGUUGUGAAGUGACGCGAGUCUGUUUAAUACAGCACAAGCUGCAGUUGAAGGCUGUGCAAAGCGUUAGUCACCUGACAUUGAAUGGUGCGAGCUGUCGAAAAUAUUUGGAUUCUUAAUCUUAAAGGCUACUCAGUGCAGCGCUUCUGUUGCACGGAUUGAAACUGCUGCAACUAAACAAAUAGUAUUAAGUUCCGAGUUUAUACACCAAGGCUAAUACAAACGCACACUGGAUUAACUAUAGCAGCGUGACGUUCACAUAUCGUGUCUUUUCCGCGUGCAAGUUAUUUCCAAUGUAAGAAUAUAUGCCAAUAUGCGGAGUGAUGCGCUCCCGCCUUCCAGACACACCGAGUAGAAAACAUCUCGCACUGUAGCGGUAGAGUUGUGCGUGGCUUUCAGUGCAAUGUAAACAAAAGAUAUGUUUGACGAAUUAUUACAAAUGAUUAUGUAUGUGUGAACGCUGAUGAUAACAACAGUUCAUUUAAAUACUUAGCUAGUAUAAAGCUUAAAUUGACAGUAGAUGUGAUAACCGUUAAACCAUGAUUAUUCUUCAGACUGUGUAAUCGAACAAUCAAAAUCUAUAAUCGUUGCAUCCAUAAUUGUUAUAUAUAUAUGCAAGUCAUAUCUCUGCAUCCCCUCAUUCGGGAUACUUUUCAUGAACUGGCCCCCAAACUAAUUGAAUAGCGCUGGUGUAAGGUAACGAUAAAAAGCUUUUAUAAGAAGGUCAACAGUAAAUACAUGCAUGUCAUUAGUUACAAAAUUGAAUUGAAGAUGUAAUUACAUGCAUGCAUUUAAUCAAUCAUAAGAACAAUGUAAAAACAUGUAUUAGGACAGUAAGUACAGUGUAAGGAAUUAUUCAUUUAAGUACGUAUUAGUUAAGUGCUCUUAAUAUAAAGUGGCACACUAAUAAGUGUUCGAACUGCAUUUUUUGCCCUACUAAAAGUCCAAACGGAUAGUUUGAAGAUAAAAUAGCUAGCCAAAACACCUGAAAAAGGGACAUUAGAACUGUGACAGUGCAAACCAACACAGCAUGUACUCUUGAUAAUGUUAAAGAAGUUUAGUGUGUGUUAAUUAGAUGAGCAUUUGUUUGAGAGUGCAGUGCAUUAUUCUGCACUUCUUAAUGGCUGAUGUUUAAAUAUUGCAGUUUGAUGCAGACAGACAAAUUGCUUGUCGCUGAAACUUGCAGAUCUGCAUGUAGUUAGUAUAAGGUGGUCUAAUGUGCUGGUCUAUUAAUGCGUCCCAUCACACAUUAUUAUCAAGUCAUCUGUUCAAACUAAAUCACAUCUCUUUACUGGCUGAGUUAAUUCUCUAAAUGUGUUUGAUCCUAAUUUAUACACAUUGAUUCUGAUCGGAUAAAAAGCUGAUCCUACUCUGGCCAUGUCUACAUGUGCACGGGUGUUUUUAUAGAUGGAGUCUUCCCCUUUCAGUUCACACACACACACACACACACACACACACACACACACACACACACACACAAAAAACGCAUUGUAACGCAUGUUAAUCGGCAACAAAAACCAAUAAAAACCCUUAUGCGGAGUGUUUUGAUGAGUAAAUUGCAUACAAGUCAAUGCUGUUGUGAGAACAGAGGUGAAUCACCUGUGAAAUGAGAUUCGUUUGCUGCAAAGACUAUUCACGAUUUUAGUUGCAUCCAAAAUAAACGUUUUUUUUUUACA